CCCAUUAUUCUGUAUAAGCUUGCUGUUCUGGAUAUAUACAGCUAGACCCCCUCUGAGAAAUCUCAUAUACUAACUCGCCCUUGCGGCCCGACAGACGGAGGAUGGCUGGAGCUCAAUUCGUGCGGUUCUUCUUUUUCGCAUCUCUCGGCACGGCUAUGGCCGGAGUUGUCCAGAAAUCUGGAUGUGCUCUGGGCCCGGAGUUCUGGUGCCAAGACAUCCGCAGUGCUGUGCAGUGUGGCACCGUCCUGCAGUGCAUGGAGACCGUCUGGAACAAAGACACCAUGAUGGAGAGUGACAGCUGUAAGGACUGCACCCGGAUCUUCGAGCUCUUGCAGGACAUGCUGUCUAACGAUGACAUUGAGGAACUGAUGAAAAGAACAGCAGAUUGGUUCUGUAAGCGCCUGCCCACAGGAGAAACUCAGAAGGAGUGCAUUGAAGAGGUGGAUGUCAAACUGCCCUUUAUCAUCAACUUCCUGAUCAAUAGCGUGAACCCUGGAAAUGUAUGUUUGAUGCUGGGAAUUUGCAAGGGCCAAUCAACCACAGGAAAACUGGAGUCUCUGUUCAGUCACGUCAAGGUGGAUGAACUGCGCCACAGUCCAAUGCCAAAGGGCACAAACCCCCAGGUUCAGAUUACGCCUCUGUGUUCCAUCUGUGUCCUUCUCAUUAAGAAAGUGGAGGAAGUGUUGCCUAAGGUGAGAACUAAGGAGCAGAUCGCCGACUUGCUGGGAAAAGUCUGCUCCCACCUGCCCAUGCUGCUCUCCAUGCAGUGCAGCGUGUUUGUGAAGAUGUAUGGCGUCAAGGUGAUUGAUUUCCUGCUGUCGUACCUGGCCCCACACACCAUCUGCUCCCUGGUCUACCUCUGCAUUGGGGAGGAGAGCCCGGCUGUGCUAGCUGCCGCCAGUGAGCCCAGCUGCGAGGCCUGUCUGGGUGUGACUGCCUUGACGCAGCUAACGUUGGGCUCCAACGCCACCGAAGACCAGACGGCUUUGGUUUUGGACACCGUGUGCCGUUACUAUCCGUCCUCCAUCCCCACGUGCAAGAACUUCACUGAGGCCUACAAACCCAAGCUGCAGAAAGUCCUGACCAAGCCAUGGGACACUCACACCAUGUGCCAGGAAGUCCAGGCCUGCGCCAAGGCAGAGCCCACCCCCCUGCUGGGAGACCAGCCUUGUGCCCGGGGACCGUCCUACUGGUGCGCCGACAUGCAGAGAGCCUUGGCCUGCAAUGCGGUGGACCACUGCAAGGCUCAUGUGUGGAUCUAGACAUCUCACCCCUUCACAGUGGCAGUGCCAGGAGAGUUGGCAGCGCCAGGAUGGCACCAGCAGGUUUUGGGCGAUCCCAGGCUUCAAUCAGCUUCCGCCUGCUCUGGCCUCAGCUGUCACUGUGGCCAAGCGUCACAGCAACAAGCGAUGACCAAAUCAAAAUGUGUCUUGCCAAUGGAUCUGUGACAUUAUAGAAUGCUUUUAGGAUUUUAGUGUGGCCUAUCAGAUUGCGAGCUCGAGGAAAUCACCGUUGCCUGUAUCUAAUUAAUCCUAGCUCCUACUUAAUCAAGAUGUUUUUUUUGUCAAAUAAAUACUGAGAGGAUUUAAAAAUAAUCAUUAGUUCUCCACUGACAGCAAAAUUUAGAAUGAAAAGUAAAAUAAGCUGGACACACUAUGUAAAACCAGACCCAAUAUAUGUUUUGGCCUCCAAUAAGAGUUUAAGUAUAAAUGUGAAUUACUGAAAAUGUCCAGAUUAAGAAUAACUUUGUUAUUCUUUAAAGCGGGAAUUUACAGUCCCUAUUUCCUGGCCUUAAACCUUCAGAUUUAUACAAUAAUGAAAGUACAGGGCAUUUUGUAAAGGAUAGCAGUAUACAAUAAAGCAAAGCAAUUCUAACUGUGCAGACCAGUUACACUCCCAGUCUACUGUCUCUACUGUCGAAAACAGAGCUUCAGAUCUUUAAGACACUUCAACUAGUAAUAGAUCUUUUCAUCUGGAAUUGUCUUCAGAAUGUGAAAACAAACUGGAAAGACCCUUUAUUACCCUAUUUCAUAUCUUGUUUGUAUGAAGGUGUUUUAGUGCUAUUCUCUGCCAGACAGAUAAUCCCACAAACGCACAAUGCAAAGAUGCAAAAACUUUAAACCAAACUCACUCAGAGUCCUUUCCAGAUUUGUAGCCCACUGUUCCAGCUAAUUAACCCGAGAGUCUUCUACUUUAUACAUAAAACCGGUGUAGGACAGAGCGGAAGAGGGACACUACAGCACGCAAACUGCCCCUGGCAUGAACCACUGUACUUUAAUCAACCUUUGUUGACAGCCAGGUUCCAUAUCCCUCAGGUAGGCAUUAAAAUAUCAUGGUACAAUACAGGGAUCUACUCAUGAUAAACUGCAGUGUAAUGCAGAUGAGUAGAGUUCCUAUUCCCACUUCUGAGAAGAGUGAACUGUGUCUGCAGGGAUCUGAUCCACAGGGUCUGUCUGAUUCUGUAUGGGGUUGGUUUGGAGGUUACAGAUAUAUGGUUCUUUUGUCUAAAUUGUACACCCACCCACUUUGGAAAGGACUCUGAUUGAGUAGGACUUUAGUACUCAAUCAAGAGAUGAAGCUUAGAGGUACUUCCCCCAACAAGCCCACCACAAAGCGUCAUUUGACCCAGGGAGACGCAGCGCUGACUGCAGGCGGUCACAGCCCAGAGAACCGUACCCGACCCCUCCCAGCCCUCAGCCAGCUGCACAGUGCCCCCUGCGAGAGCCUGGGUACAGUCCAGGCCCAGGACCCAGUCUCACCAUGAGUCCUUCACUUUUUAAAUAACAGCAACUGCUGGUCCCUUUAGAAAAAAAAACCCGUUUUGCUUUGGGACUUUGUAUAAUCCUUCCCAGGACCUCCUAAAGCUAACAGGAGAAACUGCACCCUCCAGCAUAGCAGAGGAGAGAAGUGUUUGGUUGCUUUAACUUAUCCUGAAGAUCUGGACAAUUAUCACAAUAUCCUACAGUCUGCCACAGUAUCUAAAUCCUCAUGCCUCUCACCAGGAAGAUGCUCAAAGUCACUCCUUUAACUUUAAUGUGGGCAGAAAAAUAUUUUCUCAGCUGGCUAGUUAGUUGCAAUGCUUUAAACAGUACUGCUCUAUGUCAAAAUGUACUAGCUUUAAUUAUGUGCCAGUUAUACAUUAAUUUUGAUUUUAUUCUUUUAAGGUAAAGAAUUCUAAUGGAAAAGGGAAACAGGGUUUCAAAUCAAGUGCAGCCAACUCAUGUUUAUUUGAUCUAUUUCUUUGUGCUCAAUUAAAAAUAAUUUGUGGCAUGCA